AUGGCCACAGAUUUGCAGCCUAAAGCCCAGAAGCCAAGCCACACAGACAGAAUAACCAAUUAGCUGCAUGAUCAAAUACACCUGUCUGUCGUGCAAGUUUACUCCGUGGCUAACGAAUGCAUGUUUGAUGCUGGAAAUAAGGUUGAGGCCUUCCCUCAUCAUGUUACGCAUGUUACCACGUCGCUAUUCACGGCGUCUGAAGCUCCUAGCGCUGAGUGGUGUCCUCUUCCUCAUGCUGCUCCUGGUUACUCUACAGCAGGGAGGAGAAGGCACCAUGUCCCCCGUGCCGUGGCCCCUAGUCCUCCCCAGCACUCAAGAGUGGGUGAAGGUCUUUGUCAGGUUUGCAGCCAUCAGCAACCUAACUUUUCAAAUUGUAGCCCCUCAGCCCCCAUCUCUCGGGCUGCACCCCACGACUGUGGACCCCUUCUGCCCAUCAGGAUUUUAUAGCAAUGUUGAGCUAAGGCCCUACCUACAGAGGCCUCCAGAGGACCAGAGGAGUCAAGGGGCCUAUGGGAGGGCCUUUGUGUCAAGGCACCUCAGCCCAGAGGAGCAGCGGGAGAAGAAUAAGGGCUUGCGUAAGCACUGCUUCAACCAGUUUGCCAGUGACCGCAUCUCUCUGCACCGAAGUCUGGGCAACGACACACGCCCCCCUGAGUGUGUUGAUCGUCUCUUCCGCCGCUGCCCACCCCUGCCAUCCACUAGUGUUAUCAUCGUGUUCCAUAAUGAGGCGUGGUCCACUCUCCUUCGCACUGUUAAUAGUGUGCUGUACACGACACCUGCUGUCAUGCUCAAAGAAAUCAUCUUAGUGGAUGAUGCCAGCACUCUGGAUGAUUUAAAAGCACCUUUAGAACAUCAUGUCCAGGCCUUCAAGAUGGUGCGUUUGCUUCGGCAGCAGGAAAGAAAAGGACUAGUUGCUGCCAGGCUGCUGGGUGCACAAAAAGCCCACGGAGAGGUUCUCACUUUUCUGGACUCACACUGUGAAUGCUUCCAUGGCUGGCUGGAGCCUCUGCUGGCGCGCAUUGUGCAGGAGCCCACAGCGGUGGUCAGCCCUGAUAUAGUCGUCAUAGACCAGAACAGCCUGAAGUUCACCAGGCCAGUGCCCACCCAGCGGGUACACAGCCGAGGCAACUUCGACUGGAGCCUGAACUUUGGAUGGGAGACCAUACCCAGUCAGGAGAGAAGCAGACUGAAAGACGAAACCUACCCAGUGAGGACUCCAGUGUUUGCUGGUGGCCUUUUCUCCAUAUCUAAAGCUUUCUUUGAACACAUCGGGACCUAUGAUGACAAGAUGGAGAUUUGGGGAGGAGAGAACAUUGAGAUGUCCUUCAGAGUGUGGCUGUGUGGGGGGCAGUUGGAGAUUGUUCCGUGCUCAGUGGUGGGCCACAUCUUUCGUUCCAGCAGUCCCCACUCCUUCCCCAACGGCACUGAUGUGAUCGUGCGCAACCAGGUGCGCCUGGCCGAGGUCUGGAUGGAUGACUACAAAAAAAUAUUCUAUCGCAUGAACAAAAAGGCAGCAGCAAUAGCUCAAGAGAAUGCUUACGGUGACAUUUCAGAGCGGCUCAGACUCAAAGAGAGAUUGAACUGUAAAAAUUUCACCUGGUACCUGAACCAUGUCUACCCAGAGGCUUAUGUCCCUGACCUGACCCCAGCUCUCUUUGGAGCGGUCAAGAACAUGGGGUCAGAGACGUGUCUGGAUGUUGGUCAGAAGAAUCCACGAAAGCCUGUGAUGAUGUACCCGUGUCACAAUUUGGGUGGCAACCAGUAUUUUGAGUUCACGACGCAACAGGAACUGCGUCACAGUGUAGUGUGUCUGCACGCUACCUUGGAUUCAGAGCCUGUCAGGAUGGACCCAUGCACCUAUAACGGCAAAGGGACAGAGGUGACACCCCAGCAAGAGUGGGUCCUUACCCUCAUACUCCCAAAGAUGUUCCUUCUGAAAAAUGCCAUUCUGGAGAAAUGCUUAACCCUGGAAGGAGGCAAAGUGGUUAUGAAGCGAUGUGACCUCGCACAUUCGUACCAGCACUGGACAUUCAUCUGAUCAUACUCAUAUAGUCAUUGGCAUAAGACAAAAAAGGCAAAGCAACUGCAGGUAUAUACAUAUGCCUGUCCCACACUGGUUAGACUGUGAUUCUGGGCAAUUUGUUAAUUUAUGUAUAAUAAAAUGUAAAAUAAAAUUUCC